AUGGCGAGCCCAACAAACGAACCGGCGUAUACGCGCUACCGCAACAACACCAAUCCACAAUGGUGGAAGGACGCUGGCUUACGGGUCAACGUGCUGCACUGCGCGGGCCUGUACUUUUGCGUCUUCUAUCUGGGUUAUGAUGCUUCGCUCCUCAAUGGGCUCCAGACCAUUCCGCAAUGGCAGACUUACUUCAAUCACCCCGACAGCAACUUGUUGGGUCUGAUCUCGGCCAGCAUGUUUCUGCCUGCUAUCGUAACCCCCUACAUCAGCUCCAUCAUCAACUCCAGGUGGGGCCGAAAGGUCGCUAUCCUAGUUGGGUCUCUCCUUCUGAUUCUCGGCGCGUUCAUCAAUGCGUUCGCCACAAACAUUGGCAUGUUCAUUGGCGGCAGGGUCCUUGUUGGCGCUGCAGGUCCAUUCGGAAAGAUUACUGCCGUUGCACUGCUGCAGGAGAUUGCCCAUCCACGACUUAGACCUCUUCUGUCGACCUCGUUCUACCCGAACUACUACUUUGGGUCCAUCGCAGCGGCGUGGUUCUGCUUUGGGUCCCUUCGCUGGGGCGACACCACCUGGUCAUGGCGCGCACCCUGCCUAUUCCAGAUCAUGGCCCCUCUCGUGGUCAUGGUGUUUCUCCUCUUCAUCCCAGAGAGUCCCAGGUGGCUCGUCCACCACGGCCAGAAGGAAAAGGCCAUCCAGAUCCUCGCAAAGUACCACGCCAACGGCGACACCGAGGACGAGCUCGUCCUGCACGAAUACAACGAGAUUUGCUACGCCAUCCAGCUCGAAGAGGAAAACUCCAAGACGAGCUUCCGGGACUUUGUCAAGACUCCUGGAAACAGGCGGCGCCUGCUUGUGCUCCUCACAAUGGCCACUGGCACCAACUGGGUUGGGAAUGGUAUCAUCACGUACUACCUCGCCCCGGUACUCAAGAUUGCCGGAAUCACGGACAGCACUCAAAUAUCCGGAAUCAAUGGCGGCUUGGCCGUCUGGAACCUCUUCCUCUCAUACUUGGGAGCAUUCAACGCCGAGCGCGUUGGCCGACGGAAGCUGUGGAUGGCCUCCACAAUCGGCAUGCUCCUCGCAUACGUAGUCAUGACGGGCCUAUCGGGAUCGUUCGCCUCGGAUAACAAGCGAUCUGUGGGCAUCGCCAUUGUGCCCAUGCUCUUCAUCUACUACGGCUUCUACGACAUCGGGUGGACGCCUCUGCCUUUCGCGUACGGCGCAGAGAUCCUGCCCUAUCAUAUGCGCCUGAAGGGCCUCAGCAUCAUGCUCUCCGUGCAGAGCGUGGCUCAGGCGUUUAACCAAUGGGUCAACCCAGUUGCCCUAUCCUCCAUCUCCUGGAAAUACUACAUCGUCUACAUCUGCCUUCUCUGCGUCUAUCUCGUCCUCAUCUACUUCUUCUUCCCAGAGACCAGGAAACUCACCAUCGAAGAGGUAUCGCUGAUCUUCGACACCGGCCGGCUGGGCGACUCCGCCGCCGUGACGGCGGAGCUGAGCGGCGGGACAAAGGUCGUUGGAGAUGUUGACGACAAGCACGCCGAGAAUCGCGUUGACCUCGAGGCUGUUCCCGAUCAUGUCGAGCACAAGAGAGCUCAGUGA